UCUUAUUUGUAGGAACGACGACCUAAGUCCACGGUGUGGAUGUGUUCUGUAAGAAGUGCGAAGUUGACUUGUCCAGCACGUGUAACGCAAAAAGGGUGAGACCUUCUCGGCGAAUGGCAAAGACCACGUGCAUGCUCCAGAACCGGAACAAGCCAUUCGUGCGAAGGUCACAGCAAAGGCGAAAGAGGUUGCCACUAUCGAUCGUUUCUAACGCAUCGGAUGGUGUUGAAGAACUGGUGAACGUGGGUGAAUUGCGACCUGAUUACGUAGCAAGGGUCGUCAACCGCUAUCGGCAAGAGUUAAGACCAGAUGAGCCUGUAGAUAUGGAUUUUGAGUUAGAUGAGAAUGCUAUCUCCCAUGACUUCUAUCGUAGAGAGGUUAAGGUUGAAGACAGACGUCACCUUAUUUUCGCGACGGACAACCAGCUAGAUUUAUUAUCUCAGGCACUUCGCUGGUACAUUGACGGUACUUUUAAGGUAAUUUAAAAUCAUUUAGUCAAUAUACAUCUGAAAUGAUCAUGACUUACAUUGAUUUACAGUCAUUUCUAUAAUUUCAAGUUGAAAUCCCUUUACAUAACCAUCACUAUAUCUUUGCAGGUGAUGCGAGCUCCAUUUAUGAUGUUGUUGUCAAUCCGCGCAUUCGUCAGACGCGGAGACUGUUCCAAACAAGUGCCGUUGGUUUUUGUAGCCAUGUCAGGACGCAGCAGUCAAGACUACGAUAAAGUGUUUAGAGUAAAUAAAUGAUAAAAAAUAUCAUCGUUAAACUUUUGUUGUUGUUUUUGUUGUUAAUUUUUAUUUUAUUUCUUGAUAAGUGUUUACAUUUUAAAGCAAAAUAAAUAAUAAAAAAUGGG